AUGGCACCAACCCGGCUCCGCUUCCUGCUCCACGCACUCAUGGCAGCAGCAGCGACAGCGGCGGCCGAAAGCACGCGCUUCCUGGGCCGCGUGAACCCAGCCACUCGCGAGCUGACAUGGCCCGCCACCGGCAUCGCCGUCGCCUUUGACGGCACCACGGCCAGCAUCCCCAUCACGUCGCAGUGGGGAACCGUGGCCGUCGAGAUGGUCAUCGACGACGGGCCACCCAUCGCCAUCCCCAACGUCAACGGAUCCGCAAUCACCACGCCCACCGUCCUGCCAAAGGGUCGCCACACCAUGACGGUCCGCAAAAAGUCAGAGGCCUACUUUGGCAGCCUGUUCCUCGGCCAGCCCACCACCGACGGCGAGCUGGUCGACCUCGACCCCGCCCCGAAGCGCAGCAUCGAGAUCAUCGGCGACAGCAUCAGCGUGGGCUACGGCCUCGAGGGCGUCUUCCCCUGCGCAAACGCCGCGGACAACGAGGCGGCCACCAAGACGUACGGCGCCCUCACCGCCAGGAACCUCUCGGCCGAAUACUCCAUCGUCGCCUGGUCUGGCAAGGGCGUGACGCGCAACUACGUGGCCCCGGGCCCGGACCUAGACCCGCGCAUGCCCGAGCUGUGGACGCGGUGGGCCGCCGGAGACGCGUCUGUUAGCUACGACUUUUCCACCCUCGUCGACGCCGUAGUGAUCAACCUCGGCACCAAUGACUUUUCCUUUGACCCGGCCAUCCGCCCCCAGCUGGACGUUGGGGUGUUCUCCGACGCGUUUGCGAGGUUCCUAGAGCAGGUCCGAGAGGUGUACCCGUCGGCGGUGGUGUUUUUGACCGGGUCCCCGCUGCUCAACGACGGCACGGCCGAGAAGCAAAAGAGCAAGCACAGCGCCGUGAUGAGGGAGACGGCGGAGCGGUUCGGGCCGGAUGUGCACUUUGUCGAAUUUCCGACCCAGGACGCGUCCAAUAACAACAUCGGCUGCGACUACCACCCGUCCGCCAAGACCAAUCAGGAGUUGGCCGUCAUUUUGACGGCGGCGAUGCGGACUGUCAUGGGGUGGGACGCCUGUAAAAGGUCGCGCUUCCGGGCAUGA